AUGCAACAAUUUGUAUCUGAUCCUGCGACUAACACCACAGACACCACAGGAGCUAUAAAUGUUGAUUAUGACAGUGACAAUGAUGCAGACAUGGACGGUGAUGCCAGUGGCUCGAUGACCGACAUGGAGUAAGAAACAGAAUCAUCUCAAAUUAUCUCAGUCAUUUUUGCAUUUAUAUAGUCUAUUUAAUUUAUUUGUAAAAUGUUACAGACUACACAAAUACAGCAAAGGCAGCAAAAGGCCUUCCUUUGCUGUAUAGUCAUACAGCAAAAAUAGCCCGAAUUGGUAUAUAAUAUAUAGCAAACUGCCCAAAGGCCUCCAGAAUACCUUAACUCAAUUCAAUCCGCAUUACCAAUUUUGCUGCUGCAUUUUGAAUGUCCUGCCUGAUUCAAAUGCCUGUAUCUUUGCUUAUUUUCAUCGUAUAAUAAAGACAAAUAGACCGAAAGAAUCGCCAUCUUUCAUUCUACAGCUCGGAUCGAGCAGUCUUGGGAAAUUGCAAAAUAAAUCUAUGCCUAUUCUGGCGAUUCUCGUGGUCGGAAAGUGUUCGGCCAACUUCAGACGCCAAAUUCUUGGUAAAGCAUUACAGUUUCCUGGUAAAAGACUGCAGAAAUCACUUCCGGAGUAUUUGUUUACCCUAGAGCAAUUUUUUACCUUAGAGCAAUUUUCCUGAUUAUCGUGCAUGAGCGUUGUAAUGUAAUGUAUUGUGUUGUAAUUUUAUUGUUUGAAUCGCAUCCUCAAGACGUCACUUGGCCUUAUUUUGCAAUCUGAUAGUGCUAGUAAUGACGGAAUGUCUUCGUACAAAGACAAGUAUCUCAACCUGGCAUUGGGAGUCGUGUCUGGUGUUUCAAGGCAAGUAUUUUGAUAAUUUUUAGACAUGCCAUUUCAAUGCUUUGCCGUUGCCAUGGCGUUGUAAAUUGAUUUGCUUUUAGUAUAGCUUCACUAGAACGACCAAGUAUGUCCUCAUAUCGCAUUUUUGUGCUGAAAUAAUCCUUCCAUACAGACAUUGACAAAUAUAAAUGGUAUUUAUUUAUAUUGUUGUCGAAAAGUUAUGGUGUUUUAGGCAUAAAAAAACUCUGAUUCCUAGGCAAAGUAAAAUGAGCCUUGAGCACAUGUUUGGUUGUUUGUUACAUACAUAAUAGACCAAGUAUUCAUACUUAUAUCUUACUAGUUUGGCUCUUAUUAUAAUUUCAAGUGGCACCAUAUAGAUUAUGUCUAUAAAACGUUUUUAUUUGCAGUGACGAAGAUAUUGACCCUGUUCCUAGCUGCUGUUCCUGUUUCAUAGCCUCAGGGAAGUAGCAGUUCUGAGAGUCAUGAGAACCCCACUCCCCAACCCCAUUAGGAAAACGUGUAAGUGUAGAGGGAAGGUAGGGGAUGAGUAGAGGUAAGCCCAGCCACUAGGACCCAAGGUUUUGAAAGCUCCCUGUCUAGCACCCCCACUAGGCCCCAUAGUACAUGACCGAUAUGGUGAUCCUGACACUAGGAGUAUUAUCCUAUUACCCAGAUUUUGCCCCUCACCAACAAGUCCGGGAUCCAUUUCGAUCAAGCUUUCACCAGAAGUAUGAACUGUGAGCUUGAGUUCAUUCGGCUCUUUUUUACUAAGGGAAUGCUUCAGGAGGUAGUUUCCUGGCCAUACCAAUACAUAUGCUCACAUACAAAUAACCCAUAAAUUAUCCCCAUAUACUAAUAAAGAAGGGUCUUGGACUCCACCAACCUUGAGGAGAUUGACAGGUUGAUUGCCUUUUUAGUAUAUGCAGGUUUGGUAAAGGUGGACAGUGAGAUUGAAAAUUAUUGGAAUGUAAAAACCUUAUAUCAUGGUCUGUGGGCAAUAGAAAUAAUUUCUUGCAUGGUUUAGGUACAAAGUGCUGUAAAGCAAAGUUUCUGAAUAUGGUAGAUCCUGUUACUGAAGACUACAGCAAUAAACUACAUCAUAUCUACGUAUUAUUUUUUCAACGUGAUUGACCGUGCGACCCUAUUUUCUCCAGGUGGUUGCGGGCUGCUCAUACAGCGUGCCAAAAUGGCGUCUGUUGUCACACUAAUUAUUGAACCAAAUUGCCUAAAUUCGUCCAUAGGAAAUACGCAUCUCUAGUUAACAUUGAUGUCGGGACUCUACUGCAAAUCACCCAGCAAAAAAACGCCAAAACCAUGAAAAAAUAUUCAAAAAAAAAAUUAAUUUCCGACCUACCGACCCUAAUUUUGUCACGAUAUGAAACCGCAACCACAGGUAUUUUUUUACACCUUAUAUUGCGACUUUGUGAUUUAUACAGGAACAAGUCCAGAGAUUCAUCGUAGGAUGGAUUUGGGUAUGACAUGGUGAUGUGAUAUAAGUUUGGCUACAAUCUUAGGUUUUUUGCUGUCCAAUAUAUAUUUUGUGCAAAAAAGGAAAUAUUUUCACCACAUAAUCCAAUUAUGUGUCUUCGCAAACAUUACUGCCUUGGAAAACAUUACUUUUUUAUAACUGCUAAUGAUGAUGCCAGCCCAACAACACUUGGUCAUGCUAUAUGCAAAUAUUGUCAUGUUCUAGAUUGUGAAAACAAUCAAUUUCUAAAGAAAUGAGUAAUGAUUAUUUAAAAUUUGAAUAGCAUGACCAAAUUUUUAGGCUGGUUAUGCCAUUGAUAACUAUAAGUCAAUGGUGUACUGAUAUCUAAGAAUGUAUAUAGUAACUGUAGAAAUAGACAUUUUGCAAAUAGUGAUUUGAGUGUUCUUUUGUGGGUAUCACAGACUUAUUUUGGUGCCAUACUAUCCUUGGAGUGAAAGAAAUAUUAGAAAUUUGUAUUGAUAGUAUGUUGCAGCAAUAAAAAGGACCUUUGAUAAGGGUAUUUGUUUCAUGUGAGCACAAAAUGUAAAUUUUACUCAACUACAUAUUUUACUCAACUAUAAAAUUCAAUAAAAAUACUUCCAUUUAUGCUACAUGCAUGAAACUUCAGGUACUUGUAGAUCACAACCGUGUCUUUCAGUUAUGUUCAUAAAAUUUUUUGACAUAUUUGAAAUUAGAACCGGUCGAGACAUUUAUGCAUAAUUGCAACAUUUUUUUAUAUCAUAAUUUAUGCAAAUUUAUGCAAGUAAAUCGUUAACCAAACUACGGAUGAAAUUAAAUUGGAAAGUGGAAGUCCUCCUCUUUCGAACUAUGCAAUUUCUGUUCUCGUACGAUGUAUACUUUGAAAGAUAUAUGCGUUUAAAACAACACCACUCGAAAUUGCUAAUUUUUGACCGGAUGGGAAUGAGUUAAAAGGUCUAAUGGAAUCUUAGAAUCACAGAAAGUAUUGCACUGCUAGACGAUACUAUUCGUUUUCUGUUUGUUACGAAUACUGUAAUGUCAGGCAUGUCAUAUAUGUUUCUGAGUCUUUUGAGGCUAUCGAUGUUUCUGAUAUUCUUAGUGUAUAAGUGUUUUUGUCUUUUUAAUACUCGAAAACGUUGUGAAUAAAUAGGGUUUUUGCAACCGUUUUUUUACUGAAAUAGAAAUAUGAACAUACAUAAUGAGGCUAGAGACAGUUGAUUGCCAGUCUUGCUACAUGUAUUUGGAAUAAUCCUACAUUUCACAUCCUGAUAGUCUGAAAAACUGAAUGAGUGUAAUCGUAUGAAUUUGAAUUGACUCUACAGGUUGUGUGAUCAUAAUAUUGACAAUAUUAGUGAUUGUGAACAAGAUACCGAAUUGAAAAAUUGGAGCUCUGACAUCGAUACAGACACUGACCUCUUGACAGCUUCAGAUUCUGAAGAUUCUGAAUUCAAUGUGAACCUUGACUCAAGUAUGUGCAAUGAUUCUAAUGGAGAAACGGGCAAUGAAAUUGACAAGGAAUAUUUCAUAUUCCCCAUAACGCUGGAGAAAGCAGAUGAUGUUUGCAUAAGACUAAAUAGUUUAAUUAAAAGCGGCCAAAUUCCAAAGGAUAAAAUAUUUACAAGUAUCUUGAUUCUAUUUCAUCUGCUAUGAUUGACCCAAGUCAUGAAUAUGAUGAACAGGUUGUCGAAUUUUUCAACACUAUUAAAUUUCUUGGUGGAGAGAAAACUGUGAACUUUAUCCGAGGACCUAUGUGGAGUGGAUGUGGCAGUGGUGGAGUUUUUAAUCCAGAGGGUGCUAAACCAAACCUCGGAGGACCUGGUCGAACAACAAGAUUAAAGCAUUCAUCCGGAUAUACUACUUCAAGUAGCAUAAUUAAGCCCUGGAUCAAUUCAUUUUUAAAACUAGCUAUAGACCCUCGGUGUGUGUGAAACCACUAGUUGAUACACCGAUUGUUAAAGUCAUUGCAGCAGCAAUGGAGAACGAUGGGACGGCUUUAAAACCCUCGACUCAAUUUGACGAGAAACAACAGGUAAACGUUAGUUUGAAGAUGACAGCCGAUAUAGAAUUGGUGAAGUCUAAUCCAGUCCCAAUUUUUUUUGACAGCCGAUAUAGAAUUGGUGAAGUCUAAUCCAGUCACGAUUUUUUUUUUCUUAUCUGUGACAUUUAAAUACAAUUUGAAUAAUAAUAAUAAACUGAAUAAUAAACUAAUAAUUGAAUAAUAAACUAAUAACUAACUUGCCCGACACGCAUUAGGCUUAUCUUCGGAAUUAUCUAUAUUUUGUUUGGAAUGUUUAGACAGUUCGAGCCUUCCUGUGUUGCCAAGGCGAGUGAUAGUAUACUAUUUUGUGCAAGUGAUGCGGACAAGUUAAUCUAUUCAAUCACAUUACAGAUGGAUGGAGUUGGAGUUAAAGGCGAUGUUACUAUUUUUGCUAAAUUCCCAAUCCUCUUGUACUGAAGUAGUGUUCAUGUGUCUUAAUCUCAAUAUUCUUUAUCUGUCUCACAAGGGAAACCCAGGCGGAAUUACAGCUAUUGCAAUGUCAACACUCGAGGAGACUACUAUUGUACGAAACGGAACUGUUGACUGUAGUGAAAGUGCACACGCGGCGUCGUACCUCGAUGGUAUAGUUUAUGCAGACACCGGAACCUUGCAAAUCAAGUUGAAGAUCCCUGGCGAGGAGAGCGUAGUCAUUGCUGGAACAGGAAAGGAAGGAAAUUUAAAUGGGAAGGCAGACAAAGCGUCGUUUGCGCAGCCUAUGGGCGUAUGUGUUGAACUCGAUAAAAAGAUCUUUAUUACAGACGCUCAAACUGGCUCGAUCAAGCUAAUUACUUCCAUUACCAGCAUUGUUCAAUUUUUAAGUCAUCUUGGACUCCUGUAUAAAGCCUUUUCUGUUCAUAUGAAACAUCAAACAGUCCCCAAAUAUGCUCUGUCCUAA